AUGGCUCUGUGCAAUGGAGACGCCAAGUUGGAGAAUACUGGAGGAGAUCUCAAGGAUGGCCUCUGCCGUUACGACGGAGCUGUAGUCAUACUUGAUGCUGGAGCUCAGUAUGGGAAAGUGAUAGAUCGCAGAGUCAGAGAACUGUUCGUCCAGUCGGAGAUCUUCCCUUUGGAAACGCCAGCCUUUGCCAUCAAAGAACAGGGAUUCCGGGCUAUCAUUAUAUCUGGAGGACCAAAUUCUGUUUACGCAGAAGAUGCACCCUGGUUCGACCCAGCAAUAUUUACAAUAGGCAAACCGGUUCUUGGAAUAUGCUAUGGCAUGCAGAUGAUGAACAAGGUAUUUGGGGGUACGGUUCACAAAAAAGAUGUUCGAGAAGAUGGUGUCUUCAACAUUACUCUGGAUAACACCUGUUCACUGUUCAGGGGGCUCCAGAAGGAAGAGGUUGUGCUCCUCACCCAUGGAGAUAGUGUAGAUAAGGUAGCGGAUGGAUUCAAAGUUGUUGCACAGUCUGGAAAUGUUAUAGCAGCCAUAGCAAAUGAGUCUAAAAAACUGUACGGAGCACAGUUCCAUCCUGAAGUUAGCCUUACAGUGAAUGGAAAAGCAAUGCUGAAGAACUUCCUUUAUGAAAUUGCUGGUUGCAGUGGCACCUUCACAGUGCAGAACAGAGAACUGGAGUGCAUUCAAGAUAUCAAAGACAAAGUGGGCUCGUCAAAGGUCCUGGUUCUACUCAGUGGAGGUGUAGACUCCACAGUAUGUACUGCUUUACUGAAUCGUGCUUUGAACCAAGAUCAGGUGAUAGCCGUGCACAUAGAUAAUGGAUUUAUGCGCAAGAGGGAGAGUCAGUCAGUCGAGGAGGCACUCAAGAAGUUGGGAAUUCAAGUCAAAGUGGUAAAUGCAGCUCAUUCGUUCUACAAUGGUACAACAACCCUCCCUAUUUCCGAGGAAGACAGAACUCCACGAAAAAGGAUCAGUAAAACAUUAAAUAUGACUACUAGUCCUGAGGAAAAAAGAAAAAUUAUUGGUGACACCUUUGUGAAGAUUGCAAAUGAAGUUAUUGGAGAAAUGAACCUGAAACCUGAAGAAGUCUUCCUUGCUCAGGGAACCUUAAGGCCGGAUCUCAUUGAAAGUGCUUCCAUUGUUGCUAGUGGCAAAGCUGAGGUCAUCAAGACUCAUCACAAUGACACGGAACUCAUCAGAAAGCUGAGGGAAGAGGGCAAAGUAAUAGAACCACUGAAGGAUUUUCACAAGGAUGAAGUCAGGGUGCUUGGGAGAGAACUGGGUCUGCCUGAAGAGCUGGUCUCAAGACAUCCCUUCCCAGGUCCUGGCCUUGCAAUUCGGGUAAUAUGUGCUGAAGAACCGUAUGUUUGCAAAGACUUUCCCGAAACCAACAACAUUUUGAAAAUCAUAGCAGAUUUUUCUGCUAGUGUUAAAAAGCCACAUACUCUGUUGCAGAGAGUCAGAAGUUGUACGACUGAUGAGGACCAGGAGAAACUGAUGCAAAUCACAAGUCUACAUUCAUUGAAUGCCUUCUUGCUGCCAAUUAAAACUGUGGGAGUCCAGGGCGAUUGCCGUUCCUACAGCUACGUGUGUGGUAUAUCCAGUAAAGAUGCUCCACACUGGGAGUCGCUUAUGUUCUUAGCCAGACUCAUACCACGCAUGUGUCACAACAUUAACCGAGUUGUCUAUGUCUUUGGCCCACCAGUCAAAGAACCUCCUACAGACGUUACGCCCACCUUCCUGACGACAGGAGUCCUUAGCACGUUGCGGCAAGCUGAUUUUGAGGCUCACAAUAUUCUCAGGGAAUCUGGUUAUGCUGGAAAAAUCAGCCAGAUGCCAGUCAUCUUAACACCGUUGCAUUUUGAUCGAGAUCCCCUACAGAAGCAGCCUUCCUGUCAAAGAUCAGUUGUUGUUCGAACCUUUAUAACUAGUGACUUCAUGACUGGUAUUGCAGCAACUCCUGGAAAUGAGAUACCAGAAGAGGUUGUGCUGAAGAUGGUGACAGAGAUUAAGAAGAUUCCUGGCAUCUCCCGGGUGAUGUAUGACUUGACUUCAAAACCACCAGGAACAACUGAGUGGGAGUAAUUAUUUUUCCCCUCCUUAAUGAAAGUACUGUAUGCAGUUUUAAAUUAUAUCAGAAAAAACCAUUCCCAGUGUUGACAUGCAGUACUGUGAAAAGAGUGACUGGAGCUGCUGCUACAUCACAUGUGAUUUUUUUUUCUUCUCUCCUGGAAAAUAAUCUG